UCUUUACACACCAUCAGACCAUCAGUGUGCAAAAAUCUGACAAAGCGUAAAGUUCGAUUGCCAUGGCGCUCCUAGAGUUGGUGUGGGUUGUGAUCGCUGUGCUGUUGCUGUCAUAUUUAUGGAUCAAAAAGCGUUUCGGAUACUGGAAGGAACGAAACGUCGAGUACAUCGAACCGGAGUUCCCGUAUGGUAAUUUCAAGACAUUGGGCAAAGUGGAACACCUUGCCCCGAUCACCAGACGGCAUUAUGACUAUUUCAAGCAGAAGGGCGUCCCAUACGGUGGUGUUUUCAUGCUAACCUCGCCCAUGUUGUACGUUAUGGACUUGAAACUUAUCAAAACGCUGCUGGUGAAGGAUUUCAACUACUUCCCUAAUCGCGGUGUUUACUUCAACGAGAAGGACGAUCCUCUGUCGGCGCACAUAUUCGCGAUCGAAGGACAAAAGUGGAAAACUUUGCGUAAUAAAUUAUCUCCCACGUUCACAAGUGGAAAAAUCAAAAUGACCUUUCCGCUGGUAGUGGAAGUGUGUCAACGUUUCUGCGAGCAUCUGAGGGAAGUGGUCCAAAGUUCGAACGAAGUGGAGAUGCAUGAUUUACUGUCUCGGUAUACGAUCGAUGUGAUUGGAACGUGCGCCUUCGGAAUCGAGUGCAACAGUUUUCGCGAUCCUGACAAUGAGUUCCGCAAAUAUGGCAAGAUUGCCUUCGAUAAGUUGCCUCACUCUCCACUGGUAGUAUAUUUAAUGAAGGCUUUCCGGAAGUAUGCGAAUGCCCUUGGAAUGAAGCAACUUCAUGAGGAUGUCUCCUCAUUUUUCACCAAAGUAGUGAGGGAUACAAUCGACUAUCGGGAGAAGAGUAACAUCGUACGGAAUGAUUUUAUGGAUCUAUUGUUGAAGUUGAAGAAUACUGGCCGUCUGGAGGAAGCGGGAGAAGAGAUUGGAAAGCUUUCGUUUGCCGAGAUCGCUGCUCAAGCCUUCAUAUUCUUUACCGCCGGAUACGACACCUCUUCUACUGCGAUGACUUACACCCUGUAUGAGUUGGCACUUAAUCAAGAAGCUCAGGAGAAGGCUCGCAAGUGCGUAGAAGACAUUUUCGCCGCCAACAAUGGCAGACUCUCAUACGAAUCUGUCUCCAAUAUGGGCUAUCUCGACCAGUGUAUCAACGAAACACUUCGCAAACACCCCCCGGUUGCUAUACUGGAGCGCAACGCCGAUAAGGAUUAUCGUAUCCCCGACAGCGACUUGGUCAUCCAGAAGGGUCGCAAGAUUAUGAUUCCGACCUACGCAAUGCACCACGAUGCCGACCACUUCCCCGAUCCCGAAGCGUACAACCCGGACCGUUUCGCACCCUCCGAGGUGGCCAAACGGGAUCCAUACUGCUUUUUGCCUUUCGGCGAAGGACCUCGGAUCUGCAUCGGGAUGCGCUUCGGACAGAUACAGGCCCGCGUAGGGUUGGCCACUCUACUGAAAGACUUCCGUUUCUCCGUUUGCGAUAAAACACAAAUUCCGGUUCAGUACUCGAGGACUAACUUCAUUCUAGGCCCGGCCAACGGGGUUUGGCAGCGGGCUGAGAAAUUGUGAAAUGAGUUUCAAUUGCUCGUAUUGUCCACUGAAUUUAAAUCGUUAUAGAGGGCGGCGUCUGACGUGGUAUGCCGUGUAAGCAGCUGACCUAGGUUCGAUUUUGAAACACCGCACAUGGUGAUCAAAAAAUAAAAACAAAGAGAAGAAUAACACUAUGAUCAGAAUUAGAUCUUUAAUGGAAGCCUAAAAACAUUAUUAUUGGUAAUAUCUUGCAUAAACAUGUUUUGAAUAAAUAAAA